CGCUUGCUUCUAGCGCCGCCCUGGUGGUGGGAGGAUUAGAGCCCAGGUUCCACCCUACGUCAUCCCCCAAAUGCCUCGAAAUAACCCUGGGGUCACCACCUCUGAGGAGGAACCUGGAGAGCAACCGUGGCACGCUAGGAAAAUGUCUUUAGUUCUAGAACCUCUAGUCUCCUAGCAACGGAACUAUAGAACCUCCGCAAACAUUUAGGGGAUGGCAUCCACAUCUGCCAGGAAUGGGGAGAAAAAGGACAGCUGGUCAUCUCAAGCUGCAGCCUCCUUAGGUGGAGGGCAGAAAGUCUCAUUAUCCCGUUCAGAAGAAUUCCUGACCCGUAUCAGCGCAGAACUUACAGAUGAAGCCCUGUUUAUUGCUCGCUCCCACGUGAACUCUGUGCCCAUCAAGGAAAAGCAAAUGAAAGACCAAGGGACUCAGAUAUCUAGACAUGUGUUCUUCACCAAGACCCGUGGCACAGAUACCCGCUCUGACAGAAAUCGCACCCGCACCAAGGCACACCUCCUGCCAUCUCCUCGUGAAAAGAGUGUAGCACUGAGCGAAAUAAAGCCCCUGCUCUCAAGAAGUGGGAGAUGAAGGAGAUGAGUGGGCGGGAAGGCAGGGAGUGCUCCCCAACAGUCUGACAACUGGAGGAUGAACUCUAACCUCCCUAGUGCUGUUCUCUCGGCCUCCUGCCCUCCCCACUUUGCCCCUCAGUGAAAGCCCCAAAGCCCCUCUUUUGCAACUGGCUAAACACCUCGUCUCGGGAGGAACUCCUGGUCAUCAGCGUGCCACCUUUGAAACCAACAAAGUCUUCUGGACCUGUUGCAAGACUCCACCUUCCACGGGCAGUCACACUACUGAGGAGAAAAGUUUUAAUAAAGAGCCAGGGAUCCUCCCUUCCCCCAAAUAUCA